AUGAACACCUUAUGUUGUGGAGCAACAUUCCAAAAAAUUGAGGCACUUAAACAAAAGGUUUCUAUGCCGUCCAAGAGGCAUGGAGCCAGUGUAAGACUUCCGCCAAAUGAUAGCUUAUAUGAUCUAAUUGAUGAACUGUUGGCGCCACAAGAGGAGAUACACUUACUAGAAGAGCUUUUAAUUUGGAAAUCAAUGUGUUGUUAG